AUGGGGACGGGCCGGCCGCAGGGGGAAUCGGGACUCGUGGGACUGUGGGAGGGGGGCAGGGCCGCAGGGGGGAACCGGGAAUCGUGGGACUGUGGGAGGGGGGGCAGGGCCGCAGGGGGGAAUCGGGACUCGUGGGAGCCGGGAGGGGGCGGCAGGGCUGCAGGGGGAAUCGGGACUCGUGGGACUGUGGGAGGGGGGGCAGGGCCGCAGGGGGAACCGAGAAUCGUGGGACUGUGGGAGGGGGGGCAGGGCCGCAGGGGGAAAUCGGGACUCGUGGGAGCCGGAGGGGGGCGGGCAGGGCUGCAGGGGGGAAUCGGGACUCGUGGGACUGUGGGAGGGGGGGCAGGGCCGCAGGGGGAACCGAGAAUCGUGGGACUGUGGAAGGGGGGGCAGGGCCGCAGGGGGGAAUCGGGACUCGUGGGAGCCGGAAGGGGGCAGGCAAGGGCCGCAAGGGGGAAUCGGGACUCGUGGGACUGUGGGGGGGGGCAUGGCGCAGGGGGAACCGGGAAUCGUGGGACUGUGGAGGGGGGCAGGGCCGCAGGGGGGACCGGGAAUCGUGGGACUGUGGGAGGGGGGUAG